GCAGCUCUGUGCACUGGAUGACUGGCCGGACACAGACUAUCGCGAUCCGAAUCCCUGCUCUUUUACUCGGACUUUAACUUAUAUUUAAAUUAACCACGAAGCUGCCCGUGGACACGGUCUCAGUUUGGGGCCGUGCACAAGUUCAGACUUUUGUCAUUUAACCAUGGAAACUAAACGGAAGCGGACAGAGGCGACAACAACAAAGUCGGCUGAAAAACGGCUGUGAAGCCCCGCAGAUAACGGACCAAUGGACGAUGUGAAAACUGGACCAAACCGGGACUGAAUCUCUUGCCGGGGUCUCCUCCAGCUUUAAGUCCCCCUCCUCUCCGUGCCAGAUGCCUCUGCGCGGCGAUGGGAGCUACAAGCCGGCACCGGUGUCCCCUGCUCCGCCUGUCCCACCCAGGAGGGUCCGGAGCCGGGACAGGGGCUCCGGCAGGACGCGACGGUCCGGGGCAGGGGCCGGGGCAGGGGCAGGGGCAGCGGAGAGGCGGGUGAAGUGUGUGCUGGUGGGGGACGGAGCUGUGGGGAAGACCAGCCUGGUGGUCAGCUACACCACCAACGGGUAUCCCACCGAGUACGUCCCGACCGCGUUUGACAACUUCUCAGCUGUGGUGUCAGUGGAUGGGCAGCCAGUCAAACUACAACUCUGUGACACAGCUGGACAGGAUGAGUUUGACAAGCUGCGUCCUCUGUGUUACACCAGUGCAGAUGUGUUCCUGCUGUGCUUCAGUGUCGUCAGUCCCGCCUCUUUCCAGAACAUUCCUGAGAAGUGGGUCCCAGAGAUCCGGAGAAACGCCCCAUUCGCCCCGCUUGUCCUCGUUGGGACGCAGUGUGACCUCCGAGAAGAUGUCAAGGUUCUCAUUGACCUGGCUAAGUAUCGGGAGCGGCCUGUUGACCCAGCGGAUGCCCGGGACUGUGCGAUGGAGAUUGGCGCUGUGGCCUACAUGGAGUGCUCCUCUCUGACCCAAAAAAAUCUUAAGGAAGUCUUUGACACAGCCAUAUUGGCCAGCCUGCAGAACUACAGCUCCCAAAAGCACCCGAGAGGGAGACAAAAACGACGAAAAAAGCAAAGGCAGACACCGGACAAGAUGAAGAGUCUGUCAAAGUCAUGGUGGAAAAGGUACUGCUGUGUGGCCUAGAGCAGACCUGUGAUGCGAUUGGGUCUCGCUGUGGUGGGGACCUAAGACUCUGAUCCUCUGUUGACUUUGUCCUAGUCUGGAUUCGGCUAGGUUAGGGUCCUGCCUGGGCUUACUUUGAGUCUGGGUUUCUCUGUAAUGGAGCCUGAUGUUGAGCAGGACCUCAACUGGAGUGUGGCUGAGAACCAAAGUAAGACUGUCACGGAAAUAAAAUUUUUGGCUUGGAGAGGAGUUUUAGUCUUAUCAUGGAUGAUAUUUACUACUGAGCCCAGCCUGGUUCUUGCAGAACCUGCUCUCAAAACCAAGCAGUACUGCUGUGUCCUAGGAUGAACCAGGGAUUUUUGUGCUUAAAUGUCCUUUUUCUAACCUGGUUUUAAUCUGCCUCCAGUAUGAGCUCUCUACAGGAGACGGUGCUCCCUGCUCUCCAGGAAUUAGACUGGUAUGAACGAGGACUUUUUUUGACUAGUGGAAAAUCCUCUGCAAGUCAUGGUGAAUGUGAUAAUGUUGUUUAGACUGGUCCAGAUUUAAACAGGAGCAGAAACUUUGAUUUUCUAGCCUGUGUUAUUAUGUUUAGUUGUAAAAACCUUCCCAAACUAGUAUGGAUUUAUGUAUCCUUGUUAUAUGUAGCCUGGAAGGGACCUGGACUGUCUGCAGACUAUAAAUGUUACUGUUAGCGACCUAAAUGAAACUGCAUCUGAACUUAGUCAUUUUUCUAAUUUGUUGCUAAUUGAAGUCUGGUUUCCAAUACUCAUGAUUAGAAAGAACCUCUGCCUGAAAUAGAGCAGCUCCAGACCAAACCUCAUCCUUAUUUACAUGUGAACAGAGGAUCAGACCGGAUCAUUUCACCACUGGACAUGAUUUAAGUCAGAACUUAGUCAACGAGUCUGGCCCAUGGUUUAUUUUAGAGCUACUUGUUUAUAACUGGGGUCAUUGUUGUUCUAAUGAAAGAACUUAUCUCAUUAAGCAGCUAAUAAUUUUAUCCUGGUCACAUGCACAGUUUACUGUGGUGCAGCCUACAAACAUAAUCUGGUCAUCGCGGUUUCCUUUUUAAUUUAGUCUCUAUCUGUCGUGUUUAUGGAGUUAGAUCUGGCUUCGGGGUUUUUUUUUUUCACUGUCCUGUCCGCUGUGAAGCCAGACAGUGAAUAGGUUUGGUCAGACUCGUAUCAUAUCUUAUUUGGGAAACAACUAAUGCCAAUGUCUGUCUUCCCCCUCGAGGAUAAAAAUCCAUUUUUGCCUUGUUCAAAAUUAACACCUACAUGUCUUUACUCAAGCAAGAUUUCCGAGAAUAACUGGGCUGUGAAACUUACAACAUAUAUUAGUACGAGCACAGGAUGCUGAGCAAUGAAACAUGUAAAGACUCCCUGAAAAUCCAUGUGAUGAGAACAAAAGCAUUGUUCUGUAAAAGCAAGUUGUAUCUUUACCCAAAAAGACACAACACUAUAUCCAGGAGUCAGUGACCUACUUCAGGUUUCCACUGGCAGCUGUGCUAGUUUAUCGUCCUCAUCUAUCGUAUGUUCUUAGUGAAGAACUGUGAAGUCGGUGAAAAUGGACUGGUACGACUGGUUUGGUUGAAUAUAAAUCUUUGUACUGUGGAGGUUGAUUGUAGUCUGGCUAACACUUGAUCUUAAUGGGACAGGAGGACAUUUUGCAAUUUUAUUGUUUUGCUCCUCUUCAUCAUGAUCAUGUUGUUCCACAAGCCACAACUUUGCUCAAUACAGUAGCCAGGUGACUGCUCUAGAGCACCCUUUUCACAUGGAAAGGAAGAAUUUAGUCUAAAUCUGAGAAUAUCGAAACGUUCAUUCCUGUCAACCAGUAACUUACAUCUACAGGCACAAUUUGCAAGGCAGGCAAAAACUUUAUAUGGGUUUUAAAUAAUUGUACUGCUUGGUGCAUUUUUGAUUUAUGUUUCCAGAUACUUAAACAGCCUUAAGUGUGAGCACUCAAGAAUUCCAUCAACCAAGUGCUCUUUGCAUGCGUUUGAAUUUACAAAAUGGACUCAACUAUUUUUUUGUGUAGGUUUGUAGCAAGAAAAUGAUUCUGAACAAACUCAAAUAAACACGGUUGGGUUUUUUUUCUUA